AUGUCUCUUCUGGCUACUGCUGAAAUUGAGACUCCUAUUAUAGAGUCCCCUUUCCAUACAAUCAAAAAUUUAUGUGCCUCUGACCUACAAGAAGUGAAUAACGUUCUUUUAGAACAAGUGCAGGGAACGCUCCCCUUUAUUACACAACUUGCUAAUCACCUCAUCCAAUCUGGAGGAAAACGUUUGCGACCUCUCUUAACGCUCGCCAGUGCUAUGAUGUGUGAUUAUCAAGGAAAAAACCACAUUCCCCUAGCCGCAUGUAUUGAAAUGAUUCACACAGCGACACUUCUGCAUGAUGAUGUGGUAGACGACAGCCAAAAACGUCGAAAUAACGCCUCUGCAAAUGCAUUAUGGGGGAAUUCUGCAAGCGUUUUGGUGGGAGAUUUUCUAUUUUCAAAAUCUUUUGUUCUUAUGGUGAAUUAUGGAUCAAAAGAAAUAUUAAAAACACUGUCCAAAACAGCCUCAAUAAUUGCUGAAGGAGAAGUUUACCAGCUGACACAACUCACAGAACCUACAGAUUCUGUUGAUGUUUACCUAGAUAUCAUUCAACGAAAAACAGCAUGCCUUUUUGCUGCUGCAUGUAGAACGGGUGGUCUUGUUGCAGAGGUCUCAGAAACAAUCAUUAAAGCCCUAGAAAACUAUGGACAUAAUUUAGGUUUAGCGUUUCAAAUCACCGAUGAUUUGUUGGAUUAUAGUGCCUGCGAAAGUACUUUGGGCAAAACUGUCGGAGAUGACUUUAAGGAAGGUAAAAUCACACUGCCUUCAAUUUUAGCCUUCAAAAAAGCCACACCUGAAGAGAAAAGCUUCUGGAUUCGAACUUUAGGUGAAAAACAACAGCAAGCAGGGGAUUUUGAAAAAGCUGUUUCCAUUAUCCAUAAGCACCAGUCUCAUAAAGAAUCUUUAGCUUUGGCGCAAGAGUAUGCAGAAAAAGCCCAAGAGGCUUUAAAUGUUGUACCUACAUCAGAGCUAAAAAGUUGUCUUCAAGAGCUUGCUUUAUAUUGCGUGAAUCGUUCUUUUUAA